GUCAGUCAGUCUUUCUGGUUGGCAGGUUUGUGAGCAGGUAGAGAAGUCAAACAGAACAUUUUUAAACUUGGUUUUCGCUUAAAAAAAAAUAUUUUGUCUCGGUAACAAGUCAGAUAACACAAACUCAAGGGAAACAACCAGCCAUGUCGACGAUCAAAUCAAACUGCCUUUAUUUAUUUCUUAUCGUUAUUUUCGCAGGCUACACAGCUGCUGAAACAGACCCUUUCACGGACGAUGACGUCAACGACGAUGACGUCAGCAAAAGAGGAUGGAGUAUGCUGAGACUAGGGCGAGGGCUGCAGAUGCUCAGACUAGGCAAACGCGGUGCCACACGUCAAAUUCCCAUGCUGCGCUUGGGCCGCUCGUCCGCCGAUGACGUCAUCUCGCCCAACGACUUGCAGGCUCUCCUAGAAUCGCUUCUCGAGAUCCCGCGAGACGAGUCAAGGCGUCAACCUCCCCUCCCUCGGUACGGCAGGGACAGCAGCGCCGCCAGAAGGUCCCUGAACAGUGACGACGACGAUGGUAUCCCCACGGACUUCCUCCCCCCUCUGCGGAAGAUCGUCUACCGCCCGGCCCCCAGAGGCGGCCGCUACAGACGGUCCCUCUCCCCCAGCGACUACAAUGACUUCCUGCUGUCCAGAUACAACUACCAGGGUCAGCCAAUGCCCGAACGUUUCGUGGAAGCCAAAGCCGUUCCCAGGCCAAGAAUAGGCCGAGGCCGAGACGACCAAUCAGAUAACACCAGCAGCGUCGUCGCCAAGGGAACCAAUCAAGCGUAAACAAUAAACAUGGCUGGUGUUGGGUUGAUUUUAUAGGAAUAAAAUCAGAACAGAUUUUUUGAUUCAAAUUCUCUUUCGUGAUCUAAAUUUUUUUUCGUGAUACAUGAAAGAGGGAAGUUUACAUAAUCUAAAAAAAAAAACAUUGUUUCAUUUAAUUUUAAAAACUCGAAAGGCGAACUUAGAAAAGGCUUACAUACAGAAAUCUAUAAACUAGUAUAAACAGUUUCUAUAAAUUGACUAACUAGACGUGUAAAAACCUUUCUAUGAUUACCACUCUCAAAAUGCUCCCUAUAUUUAGACAAUAAAUUGUAUGAAAUUCUAGAAAGACAAAGCUCAUGAAAUAAAAUUAUUUUCCGAGAA